AUGUCGCCGAUGAAUGAGCGCGGGUCGGACGCAGAGGAUGAGUUUCUGUCGCACCUUCCUCCUGACACUCCUGUAUUUUACUACAAAUCGCAAUUCCGUCUAGAAAGUCUCCAACCUCCCGAAUCACCAUACGACAGUUUUGUUGUUAUCAAAGCGUUUCCCCCAGAACUCCUCGAUCACCUCGAUGAAAAACUGCCCGGCCGUCUGGACUACUCGCUAUCGCUGAAAGUCCUCAUCCUGAAGAUGCCUAGCCGCCCCCAUGAAGCAGCCGCCGAGGAAUUCGGAGCUAUGCUUACCACUCUUGCAAAUCACAUGAAAGUCAGGCGUCAAAUAUCCUACCUUGGAUCCUCCCGCGUCGAUGGUGAAGAUCGAAAAAAACAAGCCGACCGGUCGUGGGCGCCAGUACGGACACAAGGAAAAUUCCCGAGUGUGGUUCUCGAAGUUGGCUAUACAGAGACAGCCGCAAAGCUAGAGAGGGAUAUUGCUUGGUGGGUACGGCAAUCCGAAGGACGUGUGAAGAUGGGUAUCACAAUUGAUAUCAAACGCGGUUCUCAUAACAUUGAAAUCAAAUCGUGGAUUCCGGCAAGGCCAUUUACAAAACACGUCCGCCUCACCGCGAGUAACCGCCAAGUUGUGAAUAGAGACACAAGCCUCCAACCACCACUUCGAAUUGCGCAGAAGAUAGUCAUCAAAAAAGGGGGGAAUGGCAAGGAGCCGACUAUCGAGGGAGGGAGUUUGAUCAUCCCAUUCAAGUCCUUGCUUUUAUGUGAGCCAGGAGAAGGAGAGGACAAUUUUGUUUUCACUGAGGACAUGUUGAUCCAUGAUAUUGCAGAUUUUAUCUGGGUUGCGAUUGAGAAGGAAGAAGCGGAGAAGCGAGCGAAGUAG